CACCACGACCCCACACAGCCCGCACGACAGAGGCCCAACCUCACCAGAUUUGGUAUUAGUCAUCUGCCAAAUACUCUGCGCCUGCUCAGACACGCCCACGCCUGCACCGUGAGCCCUGGCUGCGCGUCCCACACGUCCGCCUCUGUUCCGCGCCCACCUGCGCAUCACCUUCCCCGCCUACGACAGCGCAUUUGCCUGCCCAUACAUUCCCCCGCCCGCUGUCGACGUCACCGCGACAAUCCCUGUGCCGCUUCGCCAUACCAGUGAGCUUUGCACCGGCGAGACAGGUUGUCGCCUACAUUGCGCAACAGCCUUGCACUGCGGCGAGCCUAGCCUUCGCCUCCACCUGUGCGAGUGGAAUUGCGCCAGAGGCGAAGUUAGAGGGGUUGCAUGUUUGGCUAAGUUGCUCUCGGAGCGCCCGGCGCAGACAUGAAGAUCAAGAAGCAGGCUACCUCGCGGCAUGAGUCGACUCUGUCGCCGAUGAUAGCAGAUUUCGUACGAGCUACCGAGUCAAUACCGCUCUACCAGCUGCUCGCACACCUUGCUUCCUUCCCCAAGCAGUGGCCAUUUCCCCGCGGAGAUGCCUACCACUGGAUUCCUGUCCUGAACCGCUUCGAUCGCGUACUGGAGCUGUUCAACCAGGAGUACGGGUUGGUGGACGGGCCGCAGACACAGCCAUUCGAGCGGCGAUUACUGCUGAAGGGCGACGCGGAGGAGGGCUGCACGAGCGCGCAAUCGAGCACUACCGAUGCCAUACUGGAUAACCUGCACGUGUCACAGGAUGGAGAUCGUGAGCUGAUUGAGCAGCUCCUGAGUUUUACACGCAUGCUGUUGGAGAAUUGUGGCAACCGCAGCCUGUACUCGAGCAGCGAGCGUCUGGACAAGCUCUUGAACACAACCUCGACGUCUCUUCUCAAAGCAACCUUGCGCCUCGGCCACAGGCUGUCGCAGCGUUACCAGGCCGCACGCUUGCGUUUGGCACCAGCCACACUACACCCUUCGCUACUCUCGAGUCACUACAACAUCGGCCUCGACAAGAUUCAGAAGCUGUCUGUGCCCUUCUCGAAGGGUCCCACAGUAGCCGCACCGCUCUUCGGCACACCGACUGGGAAAGGGAAGGACAAAGCCUCAGGCGACCGACGUAGUGACGCGGACAGAUUUAAUCCUGCUGAUUUGACUGGGUUGUACAAACUGUCAGAAGCUACCUUAAAGCAAGAAUUCGGAGGAAUCCACAUCUCCUACUACGAGCCCACUACAGCGCCAGAAGAAAGCAGCAGUAACACCAGCAAGCUUGCAGCGCCUAGCACGGAUGCACCCAGCACGCCGACACCCGUCCGUCGAACGUCGAACAUGCGCAAUCAAACGCCACGGACGCCUCAGAGUGCACCGAACGCAUCGACCAUAGACUCCCCGAAUACGCCAGCUUUCACCCCGGGAGAGCCGGGCAGCCGACGGAACGGACCAAAGACAUUUGAGCUAUCAGCAGAUAAGGUCGCGAAGACCGACAUUCACGACCUGCUCAAGCAAGGCCUUGCAGAACUCCCCGCGAGUGUGCACUACGAGUUGUUGCACAAGCUCCGCGUGGCAAACAUGCUAAGCAGCGGACCUUCUGGUCGUGACAACGCAGUCGCAAUUCGUCUGCUGGCUAUCGCCAAUAUGGGCUUUGUGCACAACGAGAAAGAAUUCCACACGCGAUUGGGUCAGCAAGACUUGGACGAGCCCCGGCGACUGCAAUUAGCAUUCCAGCUUUCUGAGUUGGUGCAGCCACCCGGUGACGGUGUGGAUGGCAUCUCCACUGAGCUUCAGAUCUUUACCUUCAACGCAUUGGAAGCACUAGCGAAACAUAAGACCAAGUCCGCCGAUGUCUGCACUGCGCUGAGCGUCACCGUGAACCACGGCGUGCUGUUUUACAUUGUCCGCAAGCUUGUGGCUGGUCUUGGCAUCGAAGACGGCGACGAUAUUGAUCUUGAAGAGGAUGAGUGGCGCGACGCGCUGUUUUCACUACUCAACACUAUCCCACAAUCACAGUCUCGAACAGGCGAAGGUAUGGUCUCUGCCGGACUCCUUGAGAUCCUGGUCGAGGUUCUCAAGCUUCGGACAAACAAGGCAGAACGCAAUCAGCCCAAGAUCCUUAACUUUCUUGACACCUUUGUGUAUAACCUGCAACAUGCAUUUGCAGCUCUUGUCGGUGCUAGAGGGUUGGAGAUUAUCGCCGAUCUUAUGCAAUAUGAGGUCGAUACAUCGAAGAAGCUCGCCGAGGAAAACAAGGGCAUGCCUGCAGAGUACAAGACCCAACUCACCGACUAUCAGAUUCCGUUUCAUCACCAGCAAACUCUCCGAUGGCUGUUCAAGUUUUUGAACCAUAUGAUGUCACACACAGGUGGAAACUUCGAUCGUCUCAUGCGGCAACUCAUUGACUCCUCGCAACUUCUUACUGCUCUCCGCACUGUGUUAUCAAAUGCGAGCAUCUUCGGCUCGACCGUAUGGAGCAUGGCUGUCAACGUUCUUACAAGCUUCAUUCACAACGAGCCUACUAGCUAUCAAGUCAUUGCUGAAGCUGGUCUGAGUGAUGCGUUCUUAGAAACAGUGGCUGGCGAGCCAGCUUCAGAGGCAACGGCUGCAGCCAUCGCUCGCCUUACGGACGCUGCCAGUCCUCAGCCAAGGCCAGCGUACACACCACGGGAACCUGGACAGCCCCUGGCCACAGGCGUUCUUCCGGUAGCUGAAGCCAUUUCAACUCUGCCUCCUGCGUUCGGGGCGAUCUGUUUGGCUGAGGCUGGCAUGAAAUUGUUCCAGUCAUCUAAAGCCCUCCCUCGCUUUUUUGAGAUCUUCGAGAGUCCAGCUCACGUCAAAGCACUAGAUGCCGACACGGAGAUGCCUACUAUGAUUGGUAAUACAUUCGACGAACUGGUCCGCCACCACCCGCCGCUCAAAGCGCGCGUUCUGUCCUGCCUAAGCGAGUUGAUUGCCCGCGUCGUACAGCUCUGUGCGGAGAAAGCGGAGAGAGAAGGCGCCGGAGCGAAAUUAUGGACUGAGGAUAGCGAUGGCAAGCUUUUCGUUGCUGGGGGCCGUGGAGCGCUUGUGGGAUUGCAAUCCGUGAGUGGAGUGCAGCAGUCUGGGUCCGUUGCCACGGAUGUCGAGAUGCGAGACGCUGAUAAACAGGCCACGGCGCAACCCUCGGAAGCGGUGUCCAUUGACCAGGUCAUUGAAACGGAAGACGGUGCCCAGGGACCGACGACUAGCCAGUAUAUUCGAGUGUUGUGUCGUUUCCUGAGCGGCUUUUUCUCCAACCACGCUAUGUGUGCUGCAUUCAUCGAACUGGACGGAGUGGAGUCCAUCCUGGACAUCUCUAAUCUAGCCUGUCUUGACCCGAAAGUGAAAGAGUCACGCAGUAUGAGCGAGGAGUUCGGACGUGUCGUUCAAGUCCUCGUUGAACAGAAGCCACAUAUCACUGUGCCCUCCUUGAUCAAGCGCGCCCAGCGCUUGCUGGAACAACUCGAACCUCUUUUGAGCCAUUCUGGUGGAAAGGCGUUCUUCGCACCCUUCACCAGCAAUGUCUCCCAGAACGAUGAGGUGGUGAGGAACGGAACUACCUACGUCAAGGCACUCGUUUCUGCGCACACACUAGUAUCGGCGAUGACCCUCACCUUUCAGAGUCAGAUGUUCAGUCCCCGUUCUCAGCACAACGUCUCAGCACAAGUCAAUUUAGCUGAUAUGUACGCACGCCUUGUUGACAGCCUCGGCAAGCUUCACCGAAGUUGUGUAUGGGAAGAAGUACUUCUCCAAAGGAAUAUGCCAACAGCUUGGGAAAAAGAGACUCGCAUCAUCAGCCCUGGGUUUGGAGUCGCUGAGGCUGACCGCAUCUUCGGAAUGGGAAUCAGCGAUCGACCCUCAGACUCAACUGAAGGAGCCACAAGCGAGGAUGCAACGCCCGCUGAAGAAGGCCCAUCUGCAACACCUAUCCCGAGCCAGAACAGCGCUCAGUUCAAGAAUACACAGACCCUUCGCUCCCUCCUUAGCCGAAUACCGCUUGAGAUCGCUCCUUUCUUCCAGUCUCUUGGUAGGCUCUUGCUGUCUAGGCGAAGUCUAGAAACCUACCAGAAGCAAUGCGCCACAAUCGUCUCCGAUCAGCUUGCGCAAGCGGUCAUUGAUCAGCUUCAAUUUGAGGCACCCAAAAACUCAGGAUCGUUGGAAGAUCGAUAUGCGUAUCUGAUCAUCACCCUAACAUCUCUGUCGCAGCUCAUGAUCGACCCACAUAUGGACAGAACUCAGGCGCUGACCUUACUGCUUGUCUCCUUCAGAAACUUGGGCGGUUUCGGUGUUCUCGCAGAGGUUCUCAACAAGUUUUACGAGUCAGCUUGUGAAGCGUCUCUCAAGGAGGGAGACGACAUAAGUGAAGAGAGCAAACGAACUCUGCACUUGUCGCUUGGUGGUAUAAAAAUCAUGCUGGCGUUCUACGCGCAGAUCACCAACAACAAGAUCAUAAGCGAAUCACCACAGACAUCGUCAAUGACGAAUCGCCCAGACCGCGAUCAUAGUCGGUCAGACUAUUUCUCUGCCGCGCAGUUCUUGGUCGAGCUACGCUUCGCUGUGAUCAAGCCUGUUGAGAAGAUCUGGAACUCAAGCCUCAUUGACAAAGCCACCACCUCGAUAGUAAAGACAUCAAUCAACAUUUUGAGGUCUGUACUUGAGUGUGAAGGUGAACAUGGGGCGUCCAAGAGUGUGGAUAAGAUUCCCAAGCGAAACAAGCCCAUCAUCAAGCCCUGGGCGCCUCGUAAUGGCGAGCAUACGAUACGCUUGAAGGAGGCAGGCUUCGAUGAGAGCUUGGCUGAAGAGGCGCUCUAUCGCUGCUGUGACAACUACAACUUGGCGCACGACUACUGCCAGAACCAAACCCGAGAACAAUCAUCAAGGAAUCCCAUUCCACAGUACGAAAUCGAGGCGCGAGGUCCACCAUCUGCAUCCCCCAGCCGCGCUGAGGUCGUAGUCCCUGAACAUGCCGAUAAUGCCAGCACCGUUACAGGCGACGACGCAAGUAAUGAAGGCGUGUCCGAAACACCAGGUGCCCAGUCUGUACAAAUGGAAGACGUUGCCACAGAAAGCUCCCGAGAGAUGCCGGAUGCCGCUUCGUCCAGCAUACCAGUGCCUGACAGUCAGCCGUUACAGCCUUUCGUUGCACCACACGACGCCUUGGCGUACCAGAAUCGCAUGGCCGUUGGCAAUAAGGCUGAACUUGUCGCUCUCGACGACCUUGACAAGGAGCGCGCUUUACUCCGUCAAAACCUAGUGGACCGCUCGCUCGACAUACUCAAUUCCCAUGAUGGAGUCACUUUCGAAUUGGCAGAUCUCAUCACUGGGGCUGUUGCAAAGGCAUCUGACCCAGCAGCCAUGCGGUCAGAGAUUGGCGUGACGUUGGUUCAGUCUUUAAUCUCCUACCAGAGUGAGGAUGAUUUCCGUUCGCAAGGCAAGAAGAUUGCGGCUUCUGCCCAUCUACUCGCCCUAGUCUUACAAGAGAAAGACUUUUACGAAGUCAUCGUGGAGGAGCUGAAGGACAAUUUCGCUACGCUACUUGGAUUCAUCAAGGUUUUCCCAGACCAGACGCCAGAGGAGUCGUCGCCUUGGAUUGGACAGGUGCUCCUCAUCAUCGAGCGUCUUUUGGCCGAAGACCAACUGCCCCGCCAGAUACAAUGGACACCACCGACCAGCGAUUCGCAACAGGAGGCCUCUAUCGACGAUCUACCUGAGCCGAUCGUCAGCAUUGAGGAGAAGAACCUUCUCUUUCAGGCAGUCAUGGAUGUACUUCCACGCAUUGGUAAAGAUGAAUCUUUGGCCCUGUCCGUCAUCCGCGUCCUGGUCAUGCUCACUCGCACACGCAAGAUUGCAUCACGUCUGGCAGAGAAACGCAACAUUCAGCGUAUCUUCCUGAUGAUCAAGCAGCUUGCUGGCGUGACCAAUGAGGGCUUACGAAGCGCUUUCAUGAUUGUACUUCGCCACAUGAUUGAAGAUGAUGCCAUGAUAAGGCAGCUUAUGCGCACCGAAAUCCAGCAAAUGUUCGAGUCGCGCGAUCGUAGGCAGACUGACACGACUGGCUAUACUCGUCAGAUGUAUGCCCUUGCUAUCCGGGCGCCAGAGAUCUUCAUCGAGGUCACCAACGAAAAGCUGCAACUAGCGCGCUUUGAUCCCAAUCAGCGACCACAGACUUUGAUGCUCAAGCGUGAGGAUCCUCCGGUCGCGGACUCAAUAUCCAACCCCGGGCCAACAGACACUACAGCUGAGGCUGAUAAGCCAAAGGAGUCAAGCGAGCUUCCACUUCAGAAGCCAAUAUUGGAGCGCACGAAGACCGCGGAUCUCAAGCUACCAGUCGUUGAGAACCCUGAUGGUGUUAUUCACUACUUACUUUGCGAGUUGCUUGCGUACAAGGAGAUUGAGGACAAGCCAGAACCUCCAAAGCCCACUGAAUCUGUGCCAGAGACUUCUGAGACGCCUGAAACCGCCACCGAUGCCAGGCCUGCUUCAGAAGAGGCCUCAUCAUCGUCCACCGCGGUGUCUGAGCCAAGCAAGCCCGAGAAAAUCUCGUUCAAGGCUGAUGCACACCCGAUCUACAUCUACCGCUGCUUCAUUCUCAAAUGUCUUGCAGAGCUUUUGCAAAGCUACAAUCGCACCAAGAUUGAGUUCAUCAACUUCUCGCGCAAGGCUGAUCCGUACACCAUGACACCCUCAAAGCCUCGCUCUGGUGUCCUGAACUACCUUCUUAAUGUUCUGGUCCCGAUCGGUACCCUCAACCAUGAGGGCGAUCUCGCCUUCAAGAAGAAGCUUGCAACAUCGAACUGUGCGAUUGAUCUCAUUGUUUCUCUUUGCAACAAGACGGGCGAGAAUGCUCUGCCCAAAGCAGAGACCAGCCAAAUGUCGCCUUACGCCGAGACCGAGCAAGACCUACUUUUCGUGCGCAAAUUUGUCCUUGAGCACGCAUUGAAAGCGUUCAAAGACACCAGCUCUUCUGAUGAGGCUCUCGACAUCAAAUACUCUCGUCUUCUAGGCAUUGCUGAUAUCUUCUCAAGAAUGGUGUCGCAGCGAGCCAACGGUGAAAUGCUCACCUCCAACACUGAUCUUACACCGAACCUCAAGCAAAUGGCAAAGAUUAUGUACGAGAAAAACUUCAUCACCAUCUUAACGACGGCCAUCUCAGACAUCGACCUCAACUUCCCGAAUGCGAAACGAGUGGUAAAGUACAUACUAAAGCCACUUAAGUGGUUGUGCUAUGUCGCAAUGGACCUAAGCACCCAUUACGACGAUUCCUCAGCACCUGAUUCUGCAGACGAGUCCGAGAUCUCAACAGCAUCUGAUGACGAUCUUGUUGAUAACGCACGUGAGGAGACGCCUGAUCUCUUCCGUAACUCUACCCUCGGACUGUUCGAACCUCACGAUGACUAUGAAUCCGACGACGAUGAGGACGAGGAUGAUGAGGAGAUGAUGUACGAUGACGGAUAUGCCGACGACAUGGAAUAUGACGAGGGCGAGCUUGGCGAUGAUGACGUCGUUUCCGAAGAAGACGAAGAGAUGCUGGAAAUGGAUAUCGACAACAUGGGUCCUAUUGAAGGCUUGCCCGGUGACGUCGACGUCGAGAUAGAUCUUGACGAUAUUCACGAGGGCAUGGAAUCUGGCACUGACGAUUCGGAAGACGACGACGAUGACGACGAUGAUGAUGACGAUGAAGACAUGGAUGAAGAUGACGAUGAGGAGAUGGACGCCGAAGAUGCAAUGAAUGCGAUGGAUGAAUUGGUCGAGGAGCUGGAAGAGGUCACAGGUGAUGACGAGGGCGGUAGUCUCGCCGACGAUCAAGAAGAUUGGAGUGACGAGGGCGACGACUUUCCUUCUGGUUUGAACGGUGCUGACAUGCCUACAAAUCCUCUCAGCGGCUUUAUUCUUGAUCCGCCCCAGCUUCUCGAACAGAUGCGACAGGGCGCAGAUAUCGAUGACUUCUUGGGUGAUGACAUGGGUGAAGAUGGUGAGGAGGAAGAGGAAGAAGAGUACGAUGAGGAUGACAUUCAUUACGAUCCUGGAAUGGAAGAAGACGAAGACGGAAUGCCUGAGCUGGGCUGGGGCGGCAGCGGCUGGGAUGAGCCCAUCGCCCAGACCUCGCGCCACACCCAUCGACUGAGCCCAUGGAUGUUCCCUGCAGGCCCGGGUGACCGUAUACUGGUUCCAGCAUACCGUUCUCACCGUCCAGGCGCCGGUCCUCGAGCAACAGAUGACGGUGUCAAUCCCCUGCUACAACGUGGCAGUCGAUCACACGGCCGAGAUGGUCCCGCCGGUCGGGGUGAAAGUGACUGGGUCCAUGCCAUAGAAGGACGUGGCCCUCGUGCAGCCAAUGCUGAUAGUCCAGUCUCUUUCAUCAGCAAUCUGCUCAACGCUAUGAGCCAAGGCAAUGCACCGCAGCUUCAUCAGCAUGGUGGGGCUAUCCAUUUGUCAUUUAACAACCUUCCAAUUGGUAUCCCUCCACCUUUCGAUGCUGGCUUCCACCGCAACAUGGUCCCAAGUAGGUCGGGAAAUAUGGCACGCUCCGCGCGUGAGGACCCACACUCAGCAGUUGCAUUCUCAAAGGCCUAUACAAGUCAACGUUGGCAAGAGGAGGCCAGAAUCCUUUACGGUCCGGCUGCAAUCGAGAAGAGCCAACGCGUCAUCAACUCGAUUCUAAAGUUGAUGGUUCCUCCUGCUUUAGAAGCAGCCAAGAAGCGAGAGGAGGAAGCAAAAGCUGAAGCUGCUCGCAAGGCAAAGGAAGAGCAGGAGCGGAAAGAACAGAAAGAACGCGAGGAGCGCGAAGCGCGCGAAAAGGAGGAAAAGGAGCGCAAAGAACGCGAGGCUGCUGAAGCUGCAGAGGCGGCCAGUCAUGCGGCUGAGUCUGCUGCUCGAGAAGACGCAGCUGAACAGCCUGUCGUGGCUACUGAAGGCACAUCUAUGGAAGGCGUUGAGGCAGCUCCGGCAGAGCCUGAAGCAUCUGCACAGCCAGUACCGCGCAUCACCACCACGCUAAGAGGCCGCGAGUACGACAUCACCGAGCUGGGCAUCGAUCUUGAAUACCUUGAUGCAUUGCCAGAGGAGCUGCGUGAAGAGGUCUUACUGCAACAAGUCGCCGAGCGACGCCAGGAGCAACGUCAACAGCAGGCACAACGCGCACGUCAAGAACAGCAAGCUCAGCAACAGUCUGCUGGCCAAGCUGGGCAGGCCAACAACGCUUCGCAGGAAGAGCCUACGGAGCUCGACGAAGAGUUCCUAGCCGCACUUCCUCCGGAGAUGCGUGCGGAGCUUCUUCAGCAAGAGGCGGCUGAUCGACGAAGGCGCGAACGAGAGGAGAAUCGCCGCCGCAAUGCUGCCAGCGCUGGUGCCCCUGCACCUCAAGCGGAAGAGAUUGAUGCUGCUAGCUUCUUCGCCACGUUAGACCCUGCUCUACGCGCCGCCGUUCUUAUGGACACAGACGAGGAUACUUUGCGCCAGUUGCCGCCCGAGAUCUCAGCAGAAGCUCGCGCAUACAGUGGCAAUCGUCGCCUCAACCAGUUUGAAUUUGGUUAUUCGCGUAGCGGACGUCGAGGUCAAACUGACGACCCUACACAAAAGAAGAAGGCUCGGCCAUGUGUCCAGAUGCUUGACAAAGCAGGUGUUGCAACUUUGCUGAGGCUCAUGUUCAUCCCUCAACAGGGCAGCGCCAAGUCUAGCCUCAGCUCGAUCCUGCGAUAUGUUUGCGAGAAUCGACAAAACCGUGCCGAAGUUAUCAGUAUCCUGCUCUCUAUCCUCCAGGACGGCAGUGCCGACGUCAAUGCUGUUGAGCGUAGCUUUGCCCAGCUCUCACUCCGCGCAAAGCAACCGCAGCAGCCCGCCGACAAGACCCCCAAGAUCUCGCGAAAGAGUGGCGCACUGUCAAUCAAUUCAGACGUGUCGCCACUUAUGGUCGUUCAACAGUGCCUGAACACCCUUGCUCAACUGACGGAAAAGAAUCCUGCUGUCUGGCAGUUCUUCUUGACUGAGCACGAGACUGGCGUAGGUUUCAAGAACCGCGCUCAUCGCAAGGGCAAGGGCAAGGAUGCCAAGUCAACACGCUUCCCUGUCAAUGCGCUCUUGACACUCUUGGAUCGUAAACUCAUCGUGGAGAGCUCCUCAAUUAUGGAGCAGCUUACAGCUCUGCUUCGCAUCAUCACGUAUCCUCUUCAGCAGAUCAAGAAAGACAAAGAGAAGGCUGCUGAAGAUGCAAAGAUGGCGAAUGAAGGUGCCGAGUCAGCGCCCGUUCCCGAAGCUCCGUCGGUCGGGACUGAACCAACACCGACAGGCCGAGACGCCGACAUGGUGACCAGCACUGACAUAGCCGCGCCGACCGAUGCACCCCUGGAAGGCGAAGGCAGCUCGCUCAAACCAGACGAGCCCAAGACUGAAGAGGAGAAGAGCAAGAAGCACCGAACGAUCACACCACCCGACAUCCCGGAGAACAACUUGCGCCUAGUCGCAAAGAUCCUUGCGGCUCGCGAAUGCAACAGCAAGGUAUUCCAGGAGACCUUGUCCGUUAUCAGCAACCUUUCACCCAUCCCAGGUGCAAAGGAGAUCUUUGGUCAGGAGCUUCUUGGUAUCGCGAAGGACUUAGCCAGCAACAUUCUUGACGAUCUUGCCAGCUUGACAACUCAAGUCUCCAAAGCAGCAUCUCAUACUGAUGUGCAAGGCAUUGCAUUGGCCAAGUUCUCGCCGGCCACUUCAGACCAGACGAAAUUGCUGCGAGCGUUGACUGCGCUGGACUACCUCUUUGAUCCCUCUCGUGACAAUAAGGACAAGCCAGAAGCCAAUGCGGAGGCCCUCGAGCCCAAGCAGAAGGAAGACAUAUUAUUGACUCUCUACGAAGAUGCCGCUUUCGCACCGCUCUGGACUAAGCUCAGCGAUUGUCUAACUGUCAUUCGUGAACGCGGGAACAUGCUGAACAUCGCUACCACGCUCCUACCUCUAAUUGAGUCGCUUAUGGUUGUUUGCAAGAACACCACGCUCAAGGAGCUUCCGCUGUCAAAGAUGCUGCCGAAGGAGUUUGCACUCUCCAGCCCACCUCCAGAGAACAAGAUGGAGAAUUUGUUCUUCAACUUUACAGAGGAGCACCGAAAGAUCCUGAACGAUCUUGUUCGCCAGAACCCCAAGCUGAUGAGUGGUACCUUCUCACUCUUGGUGAAGAACUCAAAGGUCCUGGAGUUCGACAACAAACGCAACUACUUCAACCGUAAGCUUCACUCUCGCGGAAGCGAUCGUCAGCCACAUCCACCGCUCCAGCUCUCAGUGCGCCGAGAUCAAGUGUUCUUGGACUCGUUCAAAUCUUUGUACUUCAAGAGUGCUGAAGAGAUGAAGUAUGGCAAGCUCAGCAUCCGGUUCCACGGCGAAGAGGGCGUUGAUGCCGGUGGCGUAACCCGCGAGUGGUUUCAGGUCAUUGCUCGUCAGAUGUUUAACGCCGAUUACGCGCUCUUUGUUCCUGUCGCGUCCGACCGAACGACUUUCCAUCCAAACAGGCUUAGUUCCAUCAACCCAGAGCAUCUGAUGUUUUUCAAGUUUAUUGGACGCAUCAUCGGCAAAGCUCUCUACGAGGGUCGUGUUCUUGACUGUCACUUCAGUCGUGCAGUCUACAAGCAGAUUAUGAGCAAGCAGGUCAAUCUCAAAGACAUGGAGACCCUGGAUCUUGAGUACUACAAAUCGCUGGAGUGGAUGUUGCACAACGAUAUCACAGAUAUCAUCACUGAGACUUUUUCAACCGAAGUCGAGGCUUUUGGCGAGAUGCAGACCGUGGAUCUUAUUGACAAUGGUCGCAACAUCCCAGUCACCGAGGACAACAAGCAUGAGUACAUACGCCUCAUAACCGAAUACCGCCUUUCAGGCGCUGUUGAGGAGCAGCUAAAGGAGUUCCUUCGAGGCUUCCACGAUAUCGUACCGGCCGAGUUGGUAUCCAUUUUCAGCGAACAGGAGCUCGAGUUGCUGAUCUCUGGUCUUCCCGACAUCAACGUUGACGAUUGGAAAAACAACACCGAAUACCACAACUAUACUGCUGCUUCACCACAGAUCCAGUGGUUCUGGCGCGCUGUCCGUACUUUCGAGAAGGAAGAGCAAGCCAAACUGCUUCAAUUCGUCACGGGUACUAGUAAGGUGCCACUGAACGGGUUCAAGGAACUCGAGGGCAUGAACGGGUUCUCGAAGUUCAACAUUCACCGUGACUAUGGCAGCAAGGACCGCUUGCCCUCCAGCCACACGUGCUUCAAUCAGCUUGAUCUUCCUGAAUACGAGUCCUACGAGGAUCUCCGCAAGGCUCUCUACACGGCCAUGACCGCUGGUGGCGAGUACUUCGGCUUUGCAUGAGCAUUACCGACCCUUCAGACUGUAACAAUUAUCCUUUGCGAUUCUUCACAUAUUCAUUCAUGACCUUCGACAUGCAUUGCAGGCGCGCUUUUGUAUGAGCAUAAAACGGCGAAAGAUUAGUGGGCGUUGAGCGUUUUGUAGCCAGCAUGGCGAUGCCGCGAAAGAAGACCAGGAGUGCAGGCCUGUGUCUUCCGAGUGUGCCGAGCACGUGUCUUCACACUGUUACAUGAUAGUUAAAGUAGAUAGUUAGAACGAUGUCUUUCGCU